GGUACUGUUUGUGUAGUGUUUACAAAAUAAAUUUGUAAUCAGCUUGUUGAAUUCUAUCUUUCUUUGUAGUAAGUUACAGUAGUAAUUUCCCUUUAUCGUCUUUAUUGAAAUUGUUUGCCAGCUUACAAGGACAAUAUAAUUAUUGACGCGCUUAACUACGCACUAGUAAAGCCAAUAUUAACCUCACAUUCAGUUAGGCUGUUUAUCAUAAAUUCAUUUAAUCAGUAAUCAGAGUAGUUUGUUGAAUAAGAGACAAUCAACAUAACUUCGAGUCAUUGACUUCUAAUAGAACUAGGAUUGUAAUUAAAUGAUUUUUUAGUGUCAAUUAAUUUUGUGUAUCGAACUCUAGGCUAACUUAGUAGCCUAACCAUGACAGUACCUCGAUCUGGACCUCAGGUUAAAUAUGAAUUAUUAGAAGAAAAUGCAAGAACUGCAGUGAAAACGAGCCACUUAUGGUCAGCAGUGCUAUUUACUAUAUUAGUAAUUUGUUCGUCAGUAAUAGGAGUAUAUUUAGCAUGGCAACAUAUGCUCGGUGCUACAAAAGAUGGGGACAAUGUUGAUUUUCUUAUGAUUGGCCCAAAGAAGUCUUAUCUAGCCAGUUAUCAGCGGUCGUCUCACCACCGAGGUGCAAUUUACACUGAUGCAAUCCUACGGAUGAAAACGGCCAAUUUGAGUCUCCCGCAGAUGCCUGCCCGGAGUAAGCCUCGAGCGGAGUCUGCACAAUACAAGCUGGUGUGUUACUACAGUCUGCCGCCCUCAGCACACGCUUAUCACCCGCUGACUCCAGACAAGUUGGACCCUCAGCUUUGCACGCAUAUCAACAUUGCGUUUGCCACUGUCGCCAACGGCACCAUCUCACCUACCGCUGACGGUGAUGUUAAGGAGUAUAAAGCGCUUGUGGCAUUGAAGAAGAAGAAUCCUGAACUAAAAGUGAUAUUAUCGGUUGAAUGGUUCUCUAGCACUGGAGAAUUUGCUUGGAUAGUGUCUACUGAAGAGAACAGAACGAGGUUUGUAAACAACGCAGUUGAGUUUCUGACAAAGCACGAGCUGGACGGACUAGACAUAGACUGGGAGUUCCCCUCGUGGCCGACGGUGGUACAGAACCAGACCAGCUGUUUCAUGGAGUUGUUGCGGCUGCUAUCAGAAAGGCUGCAUGCUACAGUCCCGCCAAUGACACUCAGCGUGGCGGCAGGGGCGCCCAAACAGAUCAUAGACCAGUCCUACAACAUCACUGCCAUGGCCGAAUAUAUAGAUUUUGUCAAUGUGAUGGCCUACGACUACCACAUGUACCAGAGCUAUCUUCCUCUGACUGGAGCCAAUGCGCCGUUGUACCAAAGGCCUGCAGAGCAAGGUGUCUUCACCACUCUCAACACCAACUGGACGGCUGAAUACUGGUUGUACAAGGGUAUGCCGAUACAUAAGCUAAUCAUCGGCAUACCCACCUACGGCCAUUCCUUCACGUUAGAUAAUGAAGCUAACCAUGGAUGGGAAGCGCCCAGUAGCGGUGUCGGUACUGUUGGGACGGACGGAUUUGUCGCAUACUACGAUGUUUGCUCCUUCAUGACUCAAUCCAACGCUCAGUCGGUGUUUGACUUUGAGAGCAAAGUUCCGUACGCUUUUAGACACAAAGAGUGGAUAUCGUUUGACAACGAGCAGAGCGUCGCUUAUAAGGCGGAGUUUGCCAAAGAGCAAGGUUUUGGGGGCGUGAUGGUCUUCUCCCUCAACACUGACGACUCCGACGCUACCUGUGAUGGCCGUACGAGGUUCCCUCUGACGCAGAGAGUACGCAACGUACUGCAAGACGACCAGUUGUGACAGGUAGAGAGAAGUCUCAACAUCGCACUCCAUCUGACUGGCAGCUGGUGAACUGUUUGUGUUUGUGUCAUGUUCAUUACUCAAGUGUCAAGGGUUUGAAAGGUUACCAUAGGCAUCAUCUUUGGCUUUGGAUACUAUAGUAGACAUUCCAUCUCACCAGCUGGUCUUCUUUAAUUUGUUUUAUGCUGCAUGACUGUAUUGAAGAUCAGGCUAUAGGAACCUGGUCUUGAAUAUACUUUUCCUUUGUUUUCUGUAAUGUAUGAAAAAGUUGAAAGUUUUCAAAUUUAAACAGACCAUAGUUGAAUGAACCUUAAAUAACCCUGUCAGUGAUACAACAUUUUAUUUAGUUUACAACAAGUUGUACUUUAAUUUGGCUUGGUUAAAAAGUUUGACAAGAGAAAUAAAACACUGAUCGACAACAGUACACUCUGGCUCGGGCUAAAUUAAACUACAUGCCUUUUGAUUUAAAAGCUAAUGUAUCAGCAAUCUGACUCAGACUUUCUCCCGUUCGCUUGUCAAAAACCUUUAUCAUGGGUAAGCGGUGGGUGUAACUAUGAUAUUUAAGAAAAUAAAAAAAGUUGCAAUACCUUUUAACUGUAUUUUUAUAGCAAUGGGGGAUUGAAAUAUUUAAUUAUAAAGAUCAUAACAGAAAAAUUUUAAUCAGAACUGGUUUUUUUAGAAAAAUCUGAAUUUCCGUUAUUUUACGACUUUUUAUGGAAAAAUAGUAUAAGCUGCAAUAACUUUUGAACUAUACUUUUUUCAGCUAUGGGAGUUGCACCAUUUUGUUCAGAAUUUAAAGGACUAUAACAUACUAAAUUUCUAUCAAAAUCGUUAAGGCCAUUUAAAAAAAAAAUUUGGGUUUUCCGUUAUUUUAUGGGGUUUAAUGGAAAAAUCUCCAUUAAAAAUAAAAUUUCAAAAAAAUUCCAAAAACACCUGGAGAUACCAUGUAUUAGUACCUACAUACCAAAUUUCAUCAAAAUCGGACUCCAGGUGUGGUCUGUAGCCCUGUACACAACAAACACAUACAGACACACACACAGACAUAACUUUGAAACCCACUUUUUUGGGUUCAGGGGGACCCAAAUUGGAUAUAUCCACUCAAAACUCAAAUUUUUUUAGAAAAACAGUACGGUACUUUCUUCAUUUACUAUGUAGGCCUAUAGAGGGAGAAAGUAAAAUUGGGAAUGGAAUGUAUCCAUAGUCAAAGACCCAUUGAGUGUUAUGACUGUUUUGUAAUGAAAGAACGUAGAUACAAAAUUUCUCACAUUUACUAACGUAUUCAAAAAGUAUGAGCAACCUUAAAUCAUUGCAGGUCUAAUUGUUGUCUAUAUGGCCUAAUAUGUUCAUGAGUUUUAUCCUACAACAAAUUAACUAUCUCUGUUUUCUAAAUGAUUAUCUUUAACCAUUGACCAUUUAUUCUAUGAUCGAAUAAGAUUCCUAUCCUUACGCAAUCCUUGGAACUGACUCUAAGGUCAGACUAUUUGGUUGAAUGCUUUGGUUAUUGAGUACCUACUCAAACAAGAUGUAGUUUCUAGUUGUUUUAAAGCUGUUUAUGCUGGUUAUUGUUAUUAUGUACUGCAAAAAAAAUUUCUAACAAAUCAAGCUUAAUAUUGUAACAAUUGAUUGAGUGGUGAAAUGUCUACGAAUGUAUUUGAGUUCAGGAAACUGUGAUAAACGAAAACAAUGACACAAAGACGACAGAAUUUAAUUUUUUAUUUACAGUACAAAAUUACUAACAAUAAUAAAAAAAUACAGUUGUAAAAGUUUAUUCAAAUCGAGAUAUAAAGAGUUUUGUUCAGUAUAACUUGGGAUAUCACUUACAGAUACCUAAAAUUGACAUUAAGUGUUGUUUUAAAAAAGUAUAAGAAACCAUGUUGAUAUUGUAUUUGCAGCUUGUAAAAUUAUCAUGAACGUUUGUUUUAUAAAUUUAAAUUAGUUAUGACAAAGGCAUUCCAAGAUGUUCUCUUGAAUUCAUUAUAUUUUAAUUUUGAUGCAUUAUUUGAUUUCCAUACAGUUUAAAUGUAUUUAAAGAUAUAUGUUAGUAACUUGUUGUAUAAAAUGUAUUUAAGAAGAAACUUAAUGUGUGUGUUUGUAAGAAAGUAAAAGAUUAAAUUUGUAUUAUUUUCUACUGAUAAAAUAUUCAUAUAAUUUUUUACAGGAUGAUUUGCAUGUUUAUAUGUAUAUUAAUUUUAUUCAAAUGUGUAAUGUUUAUAUUUAAAUUUAAAUAUACGUUUGAAUUAUAGUUUUAAACAGGCAUGUUACCAUAAGUUGAGUAUAAUCAAAUGAAAUGUACAUUAAACCAAUAAGUAAAAAAAAAUAUUUUUUAAGCAUAGAACCAUUUUAAUGUAAUCAUAACUGUGUACAUUUGGAUUCCUUUCGAUUCAGAUUUGUUUGUUUUUGCAAGGUUCCUCUUCAUAUUAGGUAUUGAAUCAAAUUCAACGUUUUAAAAGUCGCUUCUACUGAUGUUUGGUAUUGAAGAUGUUAUGCCAAGUAUUAACUUGCUGGAAAUUGAAGGGCAGAUAUACAGGGUGUCCCGGAACUCUCUACCAAUAUUUUAGGACAUUGCUCCUGGGUAAGAAACAUACCUAAAUAU